AUGGCGACAGCAAUCAAGGCGGCAUGGGCAUAUGUUUUGACACAAGAGACUGGAAAAACGGACGUUCUCUUUGGCCAGGUCACAAAUUGUCGGGGCAUCCUGCCGGACGGAGGGGAGGGGAUGGUCGGAAUGUGUCUAAACACAACAGCUGUGCUGGUUGAAGUUAAACCGACUAACCGGGUUCGCGAUCUUCUGGCGAUGGUCCAGCAACAGCAUAUCAAAUCAGUUGAAUAUGAAACGAACGAUUGGUUUGAUAUUGUUGCGCGGAGUACUUCCUGGUCGGCCGAUACCGAUCUUGACUCCGGCGUACUGCAUGAGAACUUUCCCACUUUGCAUGAAAUGACCCUUGGAAAUGCCACGGGACAAAUGAUAGAGCCUAUAUUCGAGGACAGUAAGUGGACACGACACCUGUUGAUUACUUUCCCGGGACCGCAAGGAUUGGUGACUUUCUUCGUAACGAGGAAGGGCGCCCUUGAUAAUACUAUGGCGGAGGGGCUGGUGCCCACGUUCAAUGACACCCUCGUGCGGUUCUUGGAUGUUAUUGGUCCUGUCCGUUGA